AUGGCACCCCUUCCUGGUGUUUCACAUGAUUCUGGGUAUGUUUGCAAGCUCAAGAAAGUGUUGUAUGGUCUUAAACAAGCACCUCGUCGUAUCAUUCUAUCUUUAUAUGUUGAUGACAUGAUUAUUACUGGUGAUGAUAUUGAUGGUAUUUCAGUUUUGAAGACAGAGUUACCUAGACAGUUUGAAAUGAAAGAUUUGGGUUCUCUACGAUAUUUCUUGGAUAUUCUUGAGCGGGCAAGACUUACUGAUAAUAAGAUUGUUGAUACUCUAAUUGAGGUUAACGCGAAGUAUUCUUCUUUUGACGGUUUACCUUUGUCAGAUCCUACUUUAUACCGUACUAUUGUUGGGAGUUUGGUAUAUCUCACUAUUACUCGUCCAGAUAUUGCAUAUGCUGUUCAUAUUGUUAGUCAGUUUGUUGUUUCUCUCACUACAGGUCAUUGGGCAGCUGUUCUUCGCAUUUUGCAAUAUCUUGGGGGUACAGUCUUUCAGAGUCUGUUACUUCUAUCCACCUCCUCCUUGGAGCUGCGUGCAUACUCUGAUGCUGAUCAUGGCAGUGAUCCCACAAAUCGCAAGUCUGUUACUGGUUUUUAUAUCUUUUUGGGCGAUUUUCUUAUUUCUUGGAAAAGCAAGAAACAAUCUAUCGUUUCUCAAUCUUCCACCGAAGCAGAAUAUCGUGCUAUGGCAUCUACUACUAAAGAGAUUGUUUGGUUACGUUGA